CCGAUUCGCUGUAUAUUUCACCACCCGGAUGUGAUGCUCAUGUAGUUAAAAGACUCUUGCCAUAGCUGUCAGGUAUAAUCACUAAGUGAGAAACCAUCUCAACGAACAUAUUCAAAUUGCAAACCACCUCUGAUGUUGCGUGAUGUAUGAACCACGCGGACAGAGAAAAUUUGCGCCAACACCACGGAAAACCCGAUUCAACGUCCAGGUGACUUGCGGAAUUGGGCAGAUAUCGCCGAGCUCGGUUGGCAAGCAUUUAUUCCAGAACUUGAAACCUUCGUCUCACUUUCCUAUAUCGGCUUUUUCUUUUUCGUUUUCUGAGGUCGAUAGCUAUCAGCUCUUCUGAAAUUUGACCAAAGGUUAUUAUCGUCACGCGAAUUCAGCGAGCAGAAUCGAAUACUUUGACACCGAGAGCAUUCCGUUUACGCGUAGUGCUCUUUAAAAGCAUGCAUUCAGGAAACCCAUUUCUCCGAAUAUGUUUCCCUUCCAGCUGGCCGUCUUCCUCUCUCUAGUCUGCUGUUCUGCGACUGCCGCGCUGAAGGCUUCGUUCGUUGGAUAUAAUGCCACGGAUGCAGCAACCAUGCCAGAAUUGUCCCCUGAACAUUUCAAGCGCGCCGUCUCCGCACCAUACGUUUUCACUGCAUUCACAUCAGUUUCCGAGUCCAACCUCUAUGUGUACACAUCUCAAGAUGGAACAAACUUCUCCCUUCUUAAAGGACCCGCUUAUACACCGCCAUCUGGCUUGAUCAGGGAUCCCAGUGUCAUUUUACACACCGACGGAAAGUAUUAUAUUGCAUACACGACGGACUGGACUGGAGCAAAUUUCGCAAUCGCGAGCAGCACAAAUCUCAUCAACUGGACUUUACUCACGACCAUCUCCACCUCCUCUUCUGUGGCCAAUCCAAUCAACACCUGGGCACCUGAAUUUUUUAAAGACCCAAAGACAGGAAGAUUGAAUAUUGUGGUCUCUCUCUCCACUGGCAGCUAUGGUCCCUUCCUUCCCUACGUGUAUACAGCCAAUGACAGUACAUUGAAAAGUUGGAGCGGACCAGUCGUGAUGUCUGGCAUUUCCAACGCUGGAUUAGGUUACAUUGAUACCUUCCCGGUGUUCUUCAAUAAUCAAUACCACAUUUUCACCAAGGCAGAAUCCGACGGGAAGAAGACGAUCGAACAUGCUGUAGCAUCUUCGUUGACCGGUCCUUACAAUUUCGUGCAAACAGGGAACUUUGCAGGAUGGGGACAAGCAGAGGGACCAUGUAUCACUGUGCUACCUAACGGGAAAUUCCGUCUAUACGCGGACGGGUUCAACAGUGGCAAGUACAUAUACUCUGACUCGAGUGACCUCUACACUUGGUCAACAUACCAGACUCUUCCAAGCGGGUUGAGCGGCUUCGUCAGACAUGGAACGGUUCUCAAGCAAUAGGA